AUGGAACACAUCCCGAUUGAAUGGGUGAUGGAGGUGCCUCCCAUCACCCGCAGCUACACGGGCCUCAUCCUCCUCACGUCAGCAUUAGAGUACAUAGGUAUGUUGAGCCCCUACGACUGCUUCUUCUCAGUUGACAAGAUCUUCAGUCAGAACCAGUACUACCGCUUGGUCACCUCGUUCCUCUACUUUGGCGAGCUAAACUUUGACUUGUUGUUCAAGGUAUUUUUCAUCACACGGUCGCUCAAGACGCUUGAAGAAUCCGUGGGCCGAACCCGGGACUUUGCGUGGUUUUUGCUUGUCAACUGCGUGAUCGUGUUGCUCUACUCGGCCUCCCUCAACAACCAACACCUCCUAGGACCCUGUUUGGACGAUGUGUUGAUGUAUGUGUGGUCCAAGCAUGAGGGCGACAUGCAAGUGGGAAUCCUUGGCAUUGUACACUUCAACGUGGUAUACUUACCGUGGGUGUACAUGUUCUUCAACGUGUUAGCUAACCGGGGCGCCGGAUUGGUCAUCCAAGGCGAGCCAGCACUGUCGGUCAAAACCGUUAUUAUGGAACUCCUUAUGCGUGGCAUCGUGCUUGGUCACACAUACUACUUUUUAAAUGAUGUGCUCCCCAAGAUCCAUGGCGAGGGCUGGAACAUUGUCAGAGCCCCCUGGUAUCACUCCUGGUGGAGCGCCCUCUUUGCAACAAAAACAGAGGAAGAAGAAAAUGGUGAUGGUAAUUGA